UAUUGGCACAAUAGCAGUGAUGGGAGGGAGUUGUCGAAGCUGGUGGCAAAUCUUGUAAGAAUUUUGGAUGGCCGUUGUUUUGAGCAGCUGUGAAUGAUCUUGCGAAACCUUGAUUUGAUACAUUCAAUGACGUUUUAGAAAAUACACAACGUAGGGAUAGUUCAUCAUGUAUGCAAUGUGUCAGCAUAUGUAAUCCCAUAGCCCGUAUUCAUGUAAUUAUCGUAUCGCGGGUACAGAAAAUCCCCCUUGUCCUCAAAAACACAUUCAUUUCAGAUGAAGCCUCUAGCUGAGUUGCGGUGUACAUGUAGAUGCAUGACAAAAGACUGCAAUACCUCUCCCACAAAUAACAUGGCAAAGGAAGUCAUAGAUUGACCUUUUCUAAUGCAGUUUCUUCGAUCGAACGUUUCUCGUCUUUAAACAAAGCCUCUGUCUAUCUGUCUGUCUGUCCUGAAGUGAAACAUAAGUAUGGAUGACUUCCACCGGGAUCUCGGCAAGGAGGGGGCAGAGGGAGACCCUGAGGCUAAUAGGGAGUCGGUAGUGGACAAUUUCGAUGACAUGGGACUAUGUGAGGACCUACUACGAGGAAUCCUUACCUAUGGCAUUGAGAAACCAUUUCCUCUUCACCAGCAAGCCAUUUUGCCUUGCUGUCAAGGACGUGACGCAAGUCUGCAGGUUCAGGCCGGUACACAGGCCGCCACGACAGUCGCCAUCGUCACCCUUCAACAACUGGCCACGAAGACGGGAGGUGCCGGGGCUAAGAGCUGUCAGGCACUGGUCCUGACUAAGUCUCGGGAAACGGCACAGCAGGUAAGUCUACAAUGGCUUAACCUGUCUCCAAACUGGAACGGCGGAUGAUGAUGGCGAUUGUUCCUCCAACACAAAUCGUUUACAGUGUUUCAUGUAAACACAAGCUACAGACAGUCACAAUCUACGACAUUAACAAUGUAUGGGAAUGGCAAAGCAGGCUACAAGUGAUUAAUUUACUUAGACUUUGACUUAGCAGCUCCCACGUCGUGCGACGCAUGAGGCAGUUAGAAGAUUCCAGCCCGCUCUGUCUACAGCCAGAUUAAUUUCCAGUUUCCUUAUUAUAUAAUUCACCCUCCCUCCUUACCAAGGUACACUACUAUGUCAACUAUUUGGGUGCCUAUAUGAGUGUCACCAGCCAGGUCAUAGCUUACGUCAGCGAUAUGGCAGCGUUGGAGAAUGGGAACGACAUCGUGCUGGGCACUCCCGACAGUGUAAAUAACAUUGUCAACCAGCUGCUACCUCUCAACACCUUAUCAGGAGUUAAGACGCUUGUGCUGUACGAGGCUGAUGAAAUGUUUACUCGUGGUUUUAAGGACCAUAUCUACGACAUCUUCAAACGUAUGCCGGCACAAGCUCAGGUGAUCUUACUGUCUGCCACCAUGCCCAUGGACGUGCUACAGUUCACUUCGAGGGUGAUGCGCGAACCCGUCAACGUCAUGGUCAAGGCCGAGGAGGGCAUGACCCUUGAAGGCAACAAGCUUAAGCAGUUUUACGUCAAGGUGGAACGUGAGGAGCACAAGCUGGAAGCUCUGUGUGACUUGCUCCCACUCCUCAACACUACCCAAGCUGUCGUCUUCUGCAACAUGCCGCGGAAACUCGACUGGCUGGCGGAGAGGAUGAGUGCCAGGGGCAUCACCGUCUCCGCCACUCAUCAUGACAUGAGUCAGGAAGAGCGGGACCUGACCCUGCAAGAGUUCCGCUCGGGAUCCAGCCGUGUACUCAUCACUACCGAGCAACUGGCGCGAGAAAUCAGGCAAUCCCGUAUUUCUUGUCCAACAAUCAUCAACUAUGACUUGCCGUCAAACCCAGAAAAUUAUAUCACCAGGGUUGGAGGUUCCGACGUCCUCCGAAGGCGGAUUGCCGUCAACCUUAUGGUGGACGGCGAGGAGCGUAUGCUGAGAGACAUCGAGCAGAAACACAACACCCAUAUUGACGAGAUGCCCAUGAACGUGCAAGGCUUGAUGUCGAUGUGAUCAAACAGCGUCAACAUUCUGUCACGCUUUUUCCUCCUCGCUGUUUUCGUACAUUUUUAUUGGUACAGAGAGUUCGACUGUUGUGGUGUGCGAACUCUUUGUACUUUGGUGGCCGAACGCUCAUUGUACUGUACUUCAAUCAAUUAUCGGUGACUUGUCAAGUCAUUACCUCCUUGAAGGUAUUGUUUUUUUGUGUGUUUGUUUGUACGUAUAUGUCUGAUUGUGCAGGUAUCGGGGGCACUGAUAGAAAGUAAGGUCAAUGGUCCCAGAAAGGUCCCAUGAUAGGUUAUCAAAGUUUAUCCCAUUUCCUGAGUCAUCACUUAGAAAUUCACAUAAUAGUGAUAGAAGGGAUUUCAGUACCAGUCAAAAUUUUCUACUGUGAAAAACCAGGGCUUUUGCAAGAAUUCGAAGGUGCCGUUGACGAUUUA